AUGUCUCGUCGCUCUUCCAGCUCUUCCACCCACUCUCAGGCUCAGGCACCCCGUCCCUCUACCAGCUCCGGCCGGCCGGCUUCCAGUCACGGUACCGCCAGCCGUGGCUCUUCUGUGGCCCCUUCUAGCAGUUCCCGUCCUCCCUCAAGAGACUCUGCUGCUCGCCCUCCCUCCAGAGACUCUAACGGGGCUCGUCCUCCUUCUAGAGACUCCGCACCCCGUGCGCCGUCAAGGCCUGGUUCGCGUGGAAGCUCUUCCGUUGAGCUUGACAUGAGAGUUCGGCGUCAGCUACACCGCGUCGGGUGGGGAAGCAACACUACUGGGCACCAGGGGCUCUUCCUUCCCGAUGAGGACGGGAGCCCGCAGGGCAGGCUGUACCACAUCAGCAUCCUGCCUGGUGGAUCCAGCGGAACCAAGGCCAAAACAAACUACGCAGUCAACGAGGAAAUCUACGUGUUGACAAACACCAGGGCCAGGUCUGCAUUCCCGAUCAAUGGCGCCAUCGUCAACAACCAGCAGGUCAGGCGCGCCACAGAAGAGGUUUUCAACCGCAGCGGCGAUUACCAUCAGCUCUUCAAUAACUGCCAGCAUUUCUGCUUGGAGAGCAUCAUUUAUAUGAAUCAGCUGUGGCCCGAGGAUGUCACCGCUGAAGCCAUCAGUCAUAUUCGCGAUGAUCGCCCGACGCCUCUGACUAGGAUGACGACCGCCAUGGGGCGGCACAGGGCUGCGCCUCCGCCGGCUCCGGCUCCCGGCCCGAGCCGACGGGAUAGCGGCCGCUCAAACAGUCGCUUUUCCAUCAACUGA